AGAAUCAGAAUCUUCACCGCCGGCAGGUAAAUUAAGCUCCAUGUGGCUCUCUGUCUCUGUCUCUGUCUCUGUGGGGCGUUCUUCUAAAUUUGUAAUGAAUAUUUGUUGCAGAUAUGAUGAGAGAUGUAGUACUGUGGAGCAGGAAGAAACUGAGUAUGCUUGUUCUGUUGGUAGCUACAGCAAUAUGGGUGGUGAUGGAAGUUUAUGAGUUCAAUUUCAUCACUAUUGCAUCUUGGGUGGGCAUGUUUCUUGUUACCUCUAUCUUCUUGUGGGGCAACCUUCUCAGGCUCUUCAACAAAGAGCCCCCAAACUUGUCAGGGCUGGAAAUUAGAGAGGAGGCAGCAGUGGAGAUGGCACAUUUAGUUAAAUCAUGGAUUGAAGAAGGAAUCAGGUGGAUGUUUAGGGUGGGUGCUGAGGGAGACUUGUUUACCUUUGGUGGAACUCUAGCUGCUCUGUGGGUUGCUUCCAAAGUUGGAUGUUUCUUUGAUCUACUCACUCUUCUCUAUAUUGGUAAUGUUUUCACCACUCUCUAA